CUCCCUGAAUUCUAUGUAAAUCGCUUUGGAUAAAGCAUCUGCUUAAUGACUAAAUGUAAAUGUACACACAAAUGUUGUUUAUUUCUUCUCUUGCAUAAAUCUUUCAUGUUAAAUGUUAAGGACGCAAAUGUUAUAUAUAAAAGUUAAAGAAUGAGUCGCUGUUGUGACCACACUGAGAAUCAAAAGGUCAAAUUCACUACAAUAAUUUUCUCUGCCUGCAGAUAGCAAACGUCAAAGAAUAAAAUCAUAUUCAAGGAUUAAAAGUGUAACUCUGUCAUGUUGGUGAAAACAAAACAAACAUGUAAUCUAAUGAGAUAUUUCUAUGUUAGACAUUUAAACCUUAAAAUGUUUAUCUUGAUACUUCCUCAACAAACCAUAAACUAGAGAAGCGAUCUAGAUACAUUAGGACCCUAUUUAUAAAAAAAAGCAAUGUAGUGGACAAACGUGAUCACCGCACAAACCAACAUUUUAACAAAUUGUUCAGUAACAAACAUGAAGAAAUAGGCCAAUCUGAACAUGUUCCCUGAACUCCAGAGCCGAGGAUCUUUCCAAUGAGUGAGUGCGAUGAGUCAUCGCUGCAUUAAACAGCGUCACGCUAUUCGCCACAUCCCAGCAGCGCGAGCUCGGUGGCAGGGUCGUUGUGCGGUGACGUCACUCGCGCCAGCGGACUGUUGCUUUGAGGAGAUUUCAGUUAUGAAGCGCGAGACUGGCGAAACUUUUGGCAACAAACAGUUGAAGAUUUCGACUCCAUCACAGCGACACUGAGGAUGCUGUAAACACAGAAGUUCCGCGUCUGGUUUUGAGCGGCCAGAUGAACACGGUUAUGGAGAAACCUGCGGAUUCUUCAGCUGUGAGGACACAGAGUAAUGACACGUGUGAUACACGGAACGGUCAACAUGUGGACAUGAUUGAGGUGGUGCUGGAGAACGAGUCUGUCUGGAGUCGUUUUCACAGCGUGGGCACAGAAAUGAUAAUAACAGAGCAGGGCAGACGCAUGUUCCCCUGGUGUCGCUUUCGUCUUGCUGGUUUACACCCCAAACGCUGCUACUCUCUGCUCAUGGACGUUGUGCCCGCCGAUGACUUUCGCCACAGAUGGAACGGAGAGAUGUGGGAAACAGACGGACCGGGUGAGCCUCGUGUUCCGGGUCAGCCGUGUUUUCACCCCGACUCUCCAGCCUUGGGUCAGCGCUGGAUGGAUGGCCCGGUGUCCUUCUAUAAAGUCAAGUUAACCCAUGACACUGUGGAUCAGGACGGUUGUGUGGCUUUGAGGCCUAUGCACCGUUACCAGCCUCGCCUUCAUAUACUUCCUCGUCACCAGUGUGCCGUUUCACUGCAAGACCCGGACGUCCAGAUGUUUACCUUCACUAACACAGAGUUUUACGCUGUGACGACCUUCCAGAAUCCAAAGAUAAAACAGCUUAAAAUCAACUGCAAUCCUUUUAUGUUGGCCUUCAGGGAAGACAGUGAGAAGAGCCUCAGACCUGCUGUGAGUGACAGAUGUCAGUCACGGUCUGCUGUCAGUCACAGUCAUGAUGACGACUCUGAAGACCACGUUUCAACACACACUCGAGCUGAAUCCCAGUCUGAUGAAGAGCGAGUGUUGGCAGACAGACAGAGACUCCUCUGUGAUCAGCUCAUCGGACGCUUCAUAACAGAAGAUUCAGAGGCGUCUGAACAGCCGCAUGUGUCGUCUGAUUCUUUUGAAGCUCAUCGUCCCGUCAGCAGAACCUCGGUUGAGAAGGUUGUCUCUGCUGUGACGACCUCCUCACUUCACAGGCAGCAGAAAUCUGUCGCCCUGGCAUCUUCACGUCGCUCUGCUGUCUGUAACCCACACGGGGUCGGCUGGAGGUCCAGACGCUUGAGGAAAGCAAGGAAAGCCAAGUCUAAACGCUGGUCUAAUGUCAAGUAUGCGAGAGCCGCUGUUCUUCUGCCCCCUGCAGACACGUCCACGCAGCCUGACCUUGAGGACGUGGACGGCGUGCUGUUUGUGUCUUUCGGUGUGAAGGAAGCUCUUGAUGUUCAUGUCGUGAAUAUGAGGAGGUCUGUGGAACCGUCAUCAUCAUCACUCACUCACACUCAGACAGAGAAGUGGCGGUGUGAUGAAGAGAAGCAGAAGCAGUUCAUCUCCCAGCAGCAGCUCAUCUUACAUCAACAUCUGAAGAAACUGAAGAACAGACAGAUCAUUCAUCCUGCCCUUCAAGAAGUUGGGCUGAAACUGAACCUUCUGGAUCCUUCUGUACCUAUAGACUUGCAUUAUCUUGGUGUGAGUUUAACUUCACCUGCUCUCAGCGUUGACAAUCUGACAGCGUCCUCUGAUGUUCCAUUUCUAUCACCGGGUGGAAAGACAGACGACCCCGUGAAGACUAAAGGCUGUCAUAACACAAGUGGACAGAGCUCAAUAGACAGCUCGAUCAACCGUUCAGCAUUUUUCUCAGAUGAGUUGGAUGAAUAUCUUGAAAGUGAAGCUCAGCAGAUCUGUCAGCGUGCCGCUGUGUUUUCUACAAGCUCUCCGUCUUCUGUGGUCUACCAGAUGCCUGACAAAAGCAGCAGUUACGUCCGAACGUUAGACAGCGUUCUUCAGACGCGGGGCGUAACAGCAGCUCCUCCCACCGCUUCAACAGAGCGUCGCAAACCGUCAAAUGUGUUGCCUUCCAAACCUGCUUUUAAAACCACUCCAGAGAGCACAAGGAGAACCAGACAAAGCACCUCAGUGAAGACCACUGUGAAGAACGCUCAACAUUCACCUCAAGAGCGUCAUCACUCCACACACAGCAAACCUGAAGCAGAGGUCAGACCUGGAGGUCAUCUAAGCCGUUCUUCCAGCAUCUUUGUGUCGACACCUGCUAAAUAUCAACUGAAGCUGCUGGAGCAGGAACGGGAAGCAGUUCAUCACGGCAAGAGUCGCACAUUUGUCACCGCAGAGAGAGCAGAGUUUGCUUUGACUUCACUGGUCACUUCAGAAAAAUCUAAGAAGCCAGUGUUCGGGAAGAAUCGUGUUAGUCGAGAUGUUUGCAGUCUUGACUUCUGUCGGCUGGGUUGUGUCUGUGAGAGUCUGACCAGACAGAUCCGAGGACCCACACACUGCAGACGACGUCAAUGCAUGUUCGGCUGUGAUUGCUUCAAGCACAAAGUUUUUCUCAUCCGUCCACCAGAAAGAAGCCAAACACUCGUCAGGAAGAUCCCGCUUAUGGCUUUCCCUGUUGAUCCGCAAUCAAACCACAGGCCUGAUCCUGCGGCCAACAUCACCCGCCUGUGGAACAGAAGAUCUGAUGAGCGCGACACUGAGCUCAUCUUUACACCUUCAGCCACCGGCUCUAAUCCUCCUGCGCUACAAAAAAACUCCUGCCCACGAGUCUAUGUUCCACGACCUAAUCCUGUGGUGCAGGAAAUGGAGAAAGAUCCAGUUUACAGGUACUUAGAAAGCAAGAUGACAUGCGCUCGUGUUCGAGAAUACAACAGUAACCCACCACCGCAGUUCUACAUAAUACCCAUCAAGAAAAAAAGACGUGAUAAUGAGACCAGUAAAGUCUCCCGAUCGUCUCCUGCUGGCACACAUCUGACCUCUCAGAGUCCAGACAAAAACGCUGCCACAUCAGAAGAGCCUGAAGCCACUAAGGUUCUGGAAAUCAUUUCUGAGUGUAACUGGGAGGCCCAGCGGACCCUGCUGCUUAAAGAAGUGUUUCGUUGCGUCGAUAUGAACCUCCUGUCCUCCUCUCUUUUCAUCGACAUCUUCAAAGUGGAUCUUCUCUCAACAACUCUUAAAAAAGACGAUGGACGCUGCACGUUGAGCUACAAGGUCUGCGUUUCCCUCAGGGAGAUGUUGAGACGGACUGAUGAGUCACGAAAUAAAGCAAACGAACAGGAGAUGAUGACCGACCAAUUUCAUGUGAACGAGUCUGAUUGUCAAGUCAAGGAAUCAAGUUGUAAUGAUGAAACUCAUUUAAGAAGUGUUGAGAGGAAGAUCAGAAGCGUGAAGCAGUUUCCUCUUCUGUCUGGUGUUAUUCCGGCCGGUUGUCUAAAGGCCAGUGUGAAGAUGUCUGCGUGUCCUCAUCCAGUUCAGGUCAAUGGAAAACCCUACACCAAGGCAAAUUUGUUAUUGGGUCAAAUAGGAUCAUUGCAUCCGGCCAAUCGUCUUGCUGCGUACGUGACUGGCAGGAUGAAGCCAGUGUGUCGGAGUAAGACCCCUGGCAAAUUAGUUCCAGACACAACGCCUGCCAGUCUGAAGGACAUCCAACCUCCAGUGAUCCCCGGGCCUGCCCAUGAGACCAUAUAUUCACCCAAAAAUGUUUCUUAUCCUUUCUUAAUCUCAAACCAUUCUUCAACACCUAAUCAUAUGACAUCAUCUAACCCCAGACUGACUGUACCAAACUCCACACCUCCAGCCAAACACACAAAUACCAGUAAACCCAAUAUAGUUCUGCCGGCCUCUGCUCUUCCACCGGGUCAGAGUGUGGUUCUGCACCCCGUCUCAGGUGUGAGCGGAGCAAACAUCUGUCAGUUUAAUGGCCAAAUAAUUCAACUGUUUCCUCUUCCUGCAGUCUUACCCAUUCAUCCGCAAACCAAAGAAAACGCUCAUCAAAAAGCACAAACACCAAGUGCUCAUCCCCCUCAGAUGAUCCAAACCACUGCAAAGCCUCAAAAAGAAGCAGCUUUACCUAAACGGCAUCCCUUCAUUGCUCCCAAGAUCCUUUUUCUGCCCAGAACCACAGGCUUCGGCUUUACUACUGACACUACAGCUCAGGGUCCACACGAAGGUUUGCCUGGUAAGACAGGAACAUUUUCUUUCCGGAUAUGCCCACCUGCUGAAGGUCAGACAGAUUCAGGAGAAAGUUCUUCCACAGUAUUACUGCCUGGAGGAUAUCGCUUAAUGAAACUGCCUGUGAGAGAUCAUCCCUGUGAGGACAGCCCAUCCGUACCCUCAGCGUCACAUCUGAUGACGAAAUGCACGACACAACACAAACACCUUUCAAACAGAGACACUGAAAGUGAUUCGGUCCCUGAGGCUAACGCUAAACAGAAGGGUCAGAUUGUCCCCCCCACGCACAUGAAUGCAACACGUGAAUCCUCAGUUAAAACAGAACCACAUGACAUUCCGACACAGCCGCCCUUCACAUCUGAUGCGCCUGAAGAUAGUCCUGAACAUUUCAUCAAAACUGAGCCAUAUGACUCUACACAAACCGACUCUUCCUCCACACAUCCUCUUCUUCUUAAACAAGAGCCGAGCACCGAAGAAAGCAAAGAUGCUGAAAAAGAUUUUGUCAUCAUCAAAGUAGAGAGUUUGGGUGAACCGUCAGAAACCAAUCAGUUCUGCCAUGACAUCAGUGAAAACGCCAGAAAUCCAGUGAGCGACUCGCUGGACACACGUCUGAAGAUCCAACCGGUCACACCGCCCGUAAAUGUGAUGAAGAGCUGUCUCAAACCAUCGCUCAAUAACCCUCAACAGCGUGCAGAAGUGAAGACGUGCAGCUGGCCGUUCAGACUGAUGCAGAAAGCCAUGAACUCAUGUGAAGACGACAAGGACGAACAAAGAGACGUCUGUGAAUUGAGUACGAGCAUCAAUGAGUCUGAUGACAUCAUGGAGUGUUUCACUGAAGACUGGAGUCCAGAGGGGAGUUCUAGUGAAGAUGAUAUUAACAUCGACCCAUUUGAGCAGAACCCUGAAAAGAUGAAGGAGAGCAGAAGAACAUCACAGGAAGCAGGACAGCUCAGAUUGAGCGAUGAGCGGGGUGGAUUUCAGGAGGGACAAACGCACUGCGACGUAGGGGAACCCAUGUCUCAUCUGUGGGUUUAUAAGCGAUCGUGGCGUCUCAAUCGUUCUGCGAGGAAACGGAGACAACGUGCUGACUUACCUCAGUGCUUUGAUACUUUGAAGAGGACUCUGAACGUGGAAGAUCCUGACAUGAGCGUUCAAGAUGUUCUUCUUCAGGCGUGUGAUAUGAUUGGAGCUCUUGAGCACCGCAGCAACUCUCUAAUGAAGAAGAAGAAAUCUUUGAUUCAGAAACACUCCCGUUACAUUUCACUCAUCUCACAGCUCUCUGGAACGGUGAGAAAACACGCUGGGCAUAAACGCUCAUCAGAAACAUCUCCACUCCAGCAUUCAGUGGCAAAAAGACCCUCCGGUUUGCCCAACAUAGUGCUGCAGUCGUUCAGCAAGAUUUAGUGUGUGUGCUGACCCGACUCUUCAGAUCUCUGCGUGGACUUCAUGUGACAUUCCAGGACAGACAAGCAGAACUAUCUCCUCCAUGAGGAACUGUGUUUCUACACCAGGAUCUUCCAGUCUUUAUAAACCUGAAAAUCAAACAGUCAUAAGUGACAGAUGGGAGAUUAUGUGAGGAGGUGUUAAAAUCACUUUCAUCUGAAUCACAGCAAACACUUUUGCUUUCUGUCCUUAACAUACAGCUCAAACAACAAUAUUACUGUUCACAAAGACUGUAGAUAUGAAUGUAUUCAAAUAACCUCAUAAGCCUCACAUUGGGGCAGUCUUGUUAUGGAUUCGGUUUAAUACUAAACAUUAUAUAUACACUAAACCUUGCACAGUCCAUGGAAUUUAUUCUACAGAUGUAUUUUUCAUUUAAAGUUAUGUCAGUUGAAUGGACCUGAAUUAUGUUAAUGGUCUUUA